AUGUCAACGCCCCUCUCUUCAGGAGCUCCGCGCUCCUCCAGCUUGGCCGUCCCCGCAACCCAAAACACAGCUCCCGUUGUCAAGUUCCGCUGCCUCUUCACCCAUGACAUUCGACGCAAGGCAAAGCGCUGGCAGGACGGCUUCCUCCGAUACCACACCUUCAAUAAGCGCGUGAUGGUCUAUGAUAAUACCGGCUAUUUCAUCGGAGAUCUGCAUUAUCGGGCACCUGAAGGAAUCAACGACGGUGAUGAAUUGGAGCUCGAUAAAGGCGUGUUGAUUCAAGUAUGUGAGCCGCUGGAAAGGACAGAGACCGAUAUUUCCUCUCUCUACAAGAACAAAAGCCAGGCGUCGCCGUCGCACCCUGGAGACGCACCGCCCUCUUCUCUCCGUUCGGCAGUUCCCCGGUCAUCGCUCUCCUCCCAACAGGCUUCGCGUUCUUUAAAUGACCUUCUUGGAGUCAAGAAAACUUCUGUUCCCCAGUUGCCUUCUCCAUACGAACAGCGCCGCAGACAAAUACCGACCAGCUCGCACCAACCCCAUGAGCGACCCGCGAAGCGCCAACGUGUCACGCCAGAGCCUAUCACAAGCAGUCAGCAGGACGUUGUCGACCUGGCGGACUCCCCUCCGCUGCGACAACAAAGCAGAAAUACACAGUCGCGUCCAAAUCCCCAUCCGACACCCCAGAAUCAACGCACAGCAGUCUUACCGGAACCACAAAAGUCAACCGGCCCUCCGCCGCGACAACAAAGCGCAAAUACACAGUCGCGCCCAAAGCCCCAUUCGAUACCCGAGAAUCAACGCACAGCAUUCUUACCGGAGCCGCAAAAGUCAGCCGGCCCUCGGGGUACCUCCGAGAAGCAGGUCGCACCCUCUUCCAGUCGUCCUACCGCGCAGUCAGUUUCGCAAAACCUCAAAACUUCCAGCUCUGGUGCCGAAUCAUCCGUCAACACUCUUCGAUUUCCCAGUAGCAAACCACGCAGGAAGCUGAUGUAUCAAGAGUCAUCGCUGGCGCCUGUUAAGAAAUCCGAGUCACAAACCACCUUAUCUCGAACACAUUCACAACGCCGAACGAUUGAACAAGCAGCAUCUAGUCCUGUCAUCAUUCUCGACGACGACAGCCCUAAACUAGAUGAUGAUCCCAUACCAGACGACGGCUCUGUUUCAGACGAUGACGACCUCUUUCUAGACUUUCAAACUGCUGUACCACACCAAGAAACUCCCGCUCAAGUCGAUUCGGAUGAUUCUUUAUUUAGAAGCCAUUCACUCAAUAGCAACAUGGAAGACGGCGUAAAUCUUACAGCAUCUGCUCCAAACCCUCCUGCAACUGAACAUUCGUCAAAACUCAGCAAUUCAAAUAACCGUUUUCCGUUAAUGCAUUCCGGGCCAUCUCUACCUAACGACCAACAUACUGCCAAAUUCCUAGAGAACAUAGCAAGGCCCCGCUCAACUGGCCUCCGCAAAUCAUAUUCAGACCCUACAACUAUCAACAGUUUCCAUACUCGACCUUUGCCCACAACGAGUCCGCUCAAUCCUUCCGUGGACAAAGACGAUGAGCUGGGACCGUGGACAUCAGAAGCGCUCGACUUGUUCGACUUCUGGCCGCCAGGACGGCCAAAACCAACUUAA